AUGCUUUUCCUUCUUAAAUUUCUGAUCUCUGUGAUCGCCCUCCUUGCCGCGUGCGUACUUCUACCCCAGUUUCCCCUGGGACUGCUCCGUAUUGUGCUCCGCGGCGUGGGAUGGGUGAUCCGGAAGAGGACACAAGCUCGCAGGGAGGUCAUCUUGUCUCGUGUCCGGGCAGAUGAAGACGAACUACUCUCAAAACAGUCCAAAGUGGCUUGUACCAGCACGACGUCAGCGGAUGAUGAGGAUUGGGAAAAGGUCGACUCCAGCUCGGGUGAUAGCAGCUCCGGGUCAGCUAGUCAGAAUUUCCAGCAGUCAGGGACAGACGAGUGGACUGGGAUCAUAGGCUUCUUCCAUCCUUUCUGCAACGCCGGAGGCGGGGGAGAACGUGUCCUUUGGGAAGCUGUCAGAGCUACGCAAAGACGAUGGCCCAAAGCUGUCUGUGCUAUAUACACCGGCGAUCUGAAUGUCACGAAAGCAGCUAUGCUGGAAAGGGUCCAGACCCGUUUCAACAUUCGACUGCACGCGCCAACAGUGGAGUUGCUCUACUUAACAACCCGGAAAUAUGUCCAGAGCAGCAUGUAUCCCUACAUGACGCUUCUAGGCCAGUCCCUCGGCUCACUAAUUGUGGGCUACGACGCCUUCACGCUUCUCGUGCCCGACGUCUUUGUCGACACCAUGGGCUACGCAUUCGCUGUGGCAUUCUGCAAGCUUCUCUUUCCCUCAGUUCCAACAGGUGCCUACGUGCACUACCCCACCAUCUCCACCGACAUGCUUCAGUCUCUCGACGACAAAACUGGCCUGAAGGGCGUCAACGCCGGCGCGGGAACAGGACUUAAAGGCACCCUUAAGCGCAAGUACUGGCUCGCCUUCGCCCACCUUUACGGCUGGAUUGGCGGCCAUAUUGACGUCGUCAUGUGCAACUCCUCCUGGACAUCAGCACAUAUCCGCUCUAUUUGGGGCCCAUCCCGACACACGCCCUUCCUAUCAUCGAAAACCCUCAAAUACAAAGAUCCCGUCGUCGUCUUUCCACCGACCGCCGUCUCAGACAUCCAAUCCACUAUUCCAGUGACACCUGAAACAGAAACAACCCGCACCCCUACACUUCUCUACAUCGCCCAGUUUCGGCCGGAAAAGAAUCACCCUCUCAUCCUGCGUUCCUUUGCCCGCUUUCUUGAACGCCACAAGAAAACCAAGGACUCUUCGACCAAGGACUCUUCGACCAAGAAACAAAAGCCAGAGCCCCAGCUCAUCCUCAUCGGGACCGUCCGCCCCUCUAGCCCAGAUGAAACCCAUAUCUACAACCUCCGCCUCCUCGCGCACGAACUCCGGAUCCGCAACAACACCACCUUCCUCUGCGAUGCCUCCUGGCCCACGAUCCUUUCGCAUCUUGGCACAGCUUCCAUCGGCGUAAAUGCCAUGUGGAACGAACAUUUCGGUAUUUGCGUCGUCGAGUACCAAGCCGCCGGCUUGAUUGCCGUUGUCCAUGACUCGGGCGGUCCACGCGAGGAUAUUGUGAUCGAUCUUCCUGAAUCCGAGUCUGGUGCUGAUUCUCUUGAGAGCAAGGGCACACGAGCGACAGGAUUCCGGGCGACGACCGAAGAAGAGUUUGCGGAUGCGUUUGAGAAGGCACUCUCGCUCAGCAACGACGAGAAGGUUGGGAUGCGGUUGAGGGCACGGAAGUCUGCAUUGAGGUUUACUGAAGAGGAGUUUUCGAGGAAAUGGGUUGGUGAAAUUGGGAAAUUAGUUGGCAUGACUCAUUAG